CAGGGCAGGGCAGGCAGCCAAAUAUAUUUCCCGAUUAAGAAAAUUAUGAACUAACGAUCGAUCGAAGAGCUAGCAGCCGGCAACUUCCUCCUUUUCUCGUGAUCUCUCAAUCCAGUAACUAUUAGCAGGAGGAGUAGUAGUACUGAUCCUGCAAUCAUAUAUACAAGCUGCUGCAGCCUUCCAUCGAUCUCAAGGCCGGACGUUGCUGCUAAAUAUCUGGAAGGAAGGAGGUUGCGGGACUGUGGCAUUUGAUACUUUCUCUGCUUGAAAACAGUGUUAGCAAUUGACAACGAGAAAAUGAGGGGAAAACAAGUUUCAGGAAAAACCAUAUUUGUACUUUGUCUUGCCAGCUUUCUUGCAGGAUCACUCUUCACUAGUCAGAUAUGGACUCAACAGUCUCAAAGUAAUGAAGCUCAGAUUCCCAACAUGCCAAAUCAUAUCAAUAGGCUCGAGGCAAUCACACAAUUAGAUUGUGAUCACAAAAGGAAAUUGGUUGAAGGAAAAUCUGUAGACAUUAUUGGAGAAGUCACAAAAACCCAUCAAGCUAUCGAGUCACUGGAUAAAACAAUUUCAACAUUGGAAAUGGAAUUAGCAGUAGCUCGUACCAGCCAGAGCGGCACUGCACUUCUUCAACUUCCAUUAGAAAAAGCCUCUAAUCACAGCUUACAGAAGGCUUUUGUUGUCAUCGGAAUUAAUACAGCUUUUAGCAGCAGGAAACGGCGAGAAUCGGUCCGAGAAACAUGGAUGCCGAGAGGAGCUAAGCUAAAGAAACUGGAGAAAGAGAAGGGAAUUGUUAUAAGGUUUGUGAUCGGACACAGCAGCACCCCGGGUGGGGUUCUUGACAAAGCAAUCGAUGCAGAAGAGGAAGAGCACAAGGAUUUCCUUCGGCUCAACCAUGUCGAGGGCUACCAUGAACUCUCCACCAAGACCCGCAUGUAUUUUUCCACUGCUGUCUCCAUCUGGGAUGCCGAUUUCUACGUGAAGGUGGACGAUGACAUCCAUGUCAACUUGGGUAUGCUGGUGAGUAGACUUGCACGACACCGACACAAACCCAGAGUUUAUGUAGGGUGUAUGAAGUCUGGCCCAGUUCUAUCUCAUAAGGGGGUGAAAUAUCACGAGCCAGAGUACUGGAAAUUUGGUGAAGAAGGGAACAAGUACUUCAGGCAUGCCACCGGACAAAUCUAUGCCAUCUCCAAAGACCUCGCUGCCUACAUCUCGAUCAACUUGCCCAUCUUGCAUAGAUAUGCGAACGAGGACGUGUCGCUGGGCUCAUGGUUUAUCGGAUUGGAAGUUGAACACGUCGACGACCGUUCCCUGUGCUGUGGGACCCCUCCAGAUUGUGAAUGGAAGGCACAGGCAGGGAACUUAUGCGCGGCAUCAUAUGAUUGGUCAUGCAGUGGAAUAUGCAAAUCCGUGGUGAGGAUGAAAGACGUGCAUAACUCGUGUGGGGAAGGAGAUGGAGCUGUUUGGAGCGUUGAUCUUUGAGUUCAAUCAUAUAUAUAUAUAUAUAUAUACACAUUAUUGGAGAGAGAGAGAGAGAGAGAGAGGCCUUAUUAGUUAGUACUAUAUUCCUCUUUUCUUUUGUUAUCAGGUCUUGCUGCUACUUUAGCGCAGGUUCCCAGCACACUUUUUGUUUGCCAUAUUUCGUAACAUAUUAGCAAGAGAUAUUGAUAAUUGAACAAUAAAUUU